AUGAACUACCAUCGAUACGGCGAAAAGUAUGGAUUUCACGUUGACCAGCUUGAAUGUAAUUUUGGGAUCCCGGAUGAUACUCUACACCCUGAUCAAUGGAUGUGUUUCAAGUUGAGCGCAACGAUUGUCGAUGAUGAGUUGUUGGUGAUGCUAGAUUAUUCGAGUCUAUUUUACCUUGACCAGCCGGACUCAUUAAAAGCUGCCGAGGAAAAGAUUCGAGGCCCACACCAUUCACUUUGCGCCUCGCAUGGCUUUCAGCACCUCCGAAAUUGGACCGAAGAAUAUUUUGUUAAAGCAUACCGGUGCCGAAAAUGUUCUAACGAAGUACGUGAUACUGUGGAUUUCAAUUACGGUCCAGGGCAAGGCGAGACAAGAAGAACCAUGUGGUGUAAUCUGGGACGCUGUGCUGAUUCAAAUGAUCGAAAGUGGUGUAUGGCAACUCUGGCAAAGUCCUCAAGAUGUCGAUAUGGUGCGUCAUCAUUGCGGAAGUCAAUAUAUGCGGACUUCUUUGACGAUCGAUCACCUCGAAAAACGGCUCUCAAACUACCUGGGAAGAUACAUGAACAUUUUCGUUCAAGACGGCGAUUUCCCCCUUUUCCAUGUAGCUCGUUUUAA